AUUUAUAAAGGUUACUCGGGAACACGUGUAUUUGUUUACUUUUAACACGUGUGUUUAAAUCAAAACAUGUUUAUGUUUAAUUUGAUUGGACCAUCAGUAAGUUAUUACCGGUUUAAGUUAUAUCAAUCAUGAUAACUUCAUGCUAGAAUUUUAGCGCUAAAAUUAUAAUAAGAUAUCUAGAAUUGUCAUUCGAGGUUCGCCUAUCCGACAGAAAGGUUCGUUUUUUCUUAAAUCGCCACUUGGUAAAAUGUCCGAAUCUUCUCCACGUCUGGAAUUGAAUGAAGACAUACUACUCGAAGGAGAUAAUAGUUUACCGCCACCUAAUAUUCAUAAAGCAGCUGAUAAGUCGUCUGAUUUGGUAGAUACUGUAGAGCUUUUUAAGACAAUUUUAGACAGCAAGUUAGGUGAGUUGAAAUCUGAACUCAUACAAGAACAAGAUUGCCUUAAGAGAAAAAUUAAGGAGGACGUCACUCUAAAAUUUAAGGGGGAAGGAAACAGAAUUCAGUACGCCUUUAACGAGGAAUUAUUAGACACUGUUAAUAAACUUUCAAAAUUCAUCCCUAACUCCAAUACUCAAGCCUAUAGAUUAGUUCUUGACAUAACUGAUAAGAUCAAAAGCCGUAAUAAGAAAAUACGCAUAGCUGAUGCUUCCCCUGCUGGUUGGGGAACCGUUAGGGAAUACGAAUCCAAUGCCGUGGCUUCAGAUUCUGAAGAUGAGAGAAAGAUACGACAAGCUGAGACCAGAGCUAUCCGUACCUCCAAGGAGAAGUCAAAAUCUCGCCAGCAACCUUACCCAAAAAAUCCGCCUCGUCAACAACCUGCGGAAUCUUAUGGUAACCCUGCUUACGCUCAGCAUUAUCAACGUAAUCAGCAACAGCCCUUUCGUGGGAGCUUCGCAAGGCGUGAGCCUUGCUCAAUCGACACGUGCCACUACUGCAAGCAACAAGGCCACUGGAGAAAAAACUGUCCUCUUCUCGCCAGUCUCAGGUCAUCCAACAGCAACUCCACAACCUACCAGAAGUAGUAAAGUAGGGCCUGAACGUCACUCUCCAGUCAUUGUGAAUGAUAAGUAUUUAGACACUAUUAAUGACCAAUUUUCUACAUGUUUUGUUGAUAACGAUUAUAUAGAAUCUUUUUUAGAUCAAGUUCAAUAUUUUGAAAAUUGUCAGUCAUAUGAUAAAUUUAAAGGGGUGAAAGGUAGAUUAGCUUGUCAUGUAAAGUAUUGGGAAAAUAUAGGUGCUUGUCCUUUUGUGCUUGAUACAAUAAAAAAUGGUUAUGUUAUUCCAUUUAUAGAUACACCUUUUAAAAUGUACCACAGAAAUAAUAGAUCAGCACGGCAGAAUACUGAAUUUGUCACAAAGUCAAUUGAAGAUUUAGUUCAAAUAGGUUGCGUAAUUAAAGUGCCUUUUCAACCAUAUGUGGUAAAUCCAUUGAGUGUUGCUACUCAAAAGUCCGAUAUUUUUUCAGUAGGACAUUGGUCAGACUUUAAUUCACAAGUUGCCUCUAAUAAUGAUCUCAGCAGUUUGUUCAAACAGUUACCAGAAUUCCUUCUUUCGUCCAAGGCUGCGAGUACUCAGAAGAAAUAUAGAUAUGCCUUCAAUUCAUGGUGUAAGUGGACUAGUCAAUAUUCUUUUUCACCAUUGCCAGCAUCUCAUUUACAUAUUUCUUUAUAUUUAAUUCAUUUGUCUGAAACUGCAAAAUCGGUUUCAAAAUUAAAUGAUGCUUUUUACGCCAUAAAAUGGGCACAUAAAUUAGCUGGCGUUGCUGAUCCCAGUGAAAAUAAUCUAGUUGCAUCUGUUCUUGAAGGGGCUCAUAGAAAAAUAGGUCAUUCAGUUGUCAAAAAAGAACCUAUCACACCGCAUAUUUUGAAAAAUAUUGUAUGUAAAUAUGCUAAUAAUACUUGUAAUUUAAAAGAUGUAAGAAUAGCAUGUAUGUGUUUAUUAGCCUAUGCUGGCUUUUUAAGAUUCUCCGAGUUAGCUAACUUGAGAAGGUCUGAUAUACAGUUUUCCCCUACUUACCUUACACUUCAUUUAGUCAAGAGUAAAACUGAUGUAUAUAGGGAAGGGAAAGAUGUUGUCAUUUCAAAAACAGGGAAUAUUACAUGCCCGGUAGAUGUACUUCAGCGUUAUCUAAAGUUAGCUAACAUUCCUGAAGAAUCGAAUGAUUUUAUUUUUAGAUCUAUUUGUUAUUGUAAAUCUUUGAAUAUAUACAAACUUAGAAAGAGUAGUCAUAUUUCUUACACCAGAGCCAGAGAGUUAUUGUUAUCUGCACUUGACAGUUUAGGUCUUGAUAAAAAACAGUUUGGCUUACAUAGUUUGAGGUCAGGAGGAGCUACUGCCGCGGCAGAAGCUGGAAUAGAUGACCGGUUGUUUAAGAAACACGGGAGAUGGAAAAGUGAUAAAGCCAAAGAUGGUUAUGUUAAAGAGAGUAUACUCAACAGAUUGUCAGUAUCUAAGAAUUUAGGAUUGUAAUUUAUAUUGUUUGUCCCCCCUUUUUCUUUAUGUCCCUUUCUUUAUCAAUCGAAGCUUUCUGUGCUGUCGGGGCGAGCUGAUAACCAAAAACUGUGUUGAGUUUUUACUUUGUAAAUGCUUUAUGUUCGUUUGAAGUAUUGAAUAAGAACAUAAAUGUAUUUAUAAAGGUUACUCGGGAACACGUGUAUUUGUUUACUUUUAACACGUGUGUUUAAAUCAAAACAUGUUUAUGUUUAAUUUGAUUGGACCAUCAGUAAGUUAUUACCGGUUUAAGUUAUAUCAAUCAUGAUAACUUCAUGCUAGAAUUUUAGCGCUAAAAUUAUAAUAAGAUAUCUAGAAUUGUCAUUCGAGGUUCGCCUAUCCGACAGAAAGGUUCGUUUUCCCACCCACCCACCCCUUUUAUUAAGACUUCAUAGGAAUGUGAAUCAGUAUGUUAUGUAGAAAAUAGUUGAUAAAAUACAUGUAUGUAAAUCGAAAUGAUUUUUUCUUCAACUUAUAGAACAUUUUU